AUGUCGGACACUCAUGCCAAUGUUUCGAGCGGAGACAACCACAAUGGAGAAUUACCAGCGAAAAUACCUAGGGGACGUCCAAAAAAAGAGAACACAACAACUUCUGAACCAGAAACCGCAACGGAGGCUUCUGAAACUACAGAAAGACGUUCAUCGCGCACAGUGAAGCCAACUGCGCGCCGUCUACAAGCAGAUGAAGACGAUUCUUUCAAGAAAGCCCACAAAGAUCGAGCCACGACCGAAACAAAGAAUCCAGUUGGGAGACCACCAAAACAAAAGAUUUUGUCGCAAGCCAGCACUAGUCAGGCAAUAGAUGACAAUGGAGCCAAGAAAACAGUUCAAGGAAAAAAUCCAGUGGGAAGACCUAGACGAGAUCGUAGCCAGGAAGUAGAAAAUUGUGAGCUCCCAGGAGAAAACGUUAUUCAAAAAAAUAACGAUUUUACAGAUGCAACUUGGAAGAACCAGCAGAAAGAACGAUCGAAGCAAAAGAACCCAGUCGGAAGGCCACGAAAGCAAAGCACACAGAGCUUAUCCACACAGAAUUCAAACAAGUUGAUGUCGCCCUAUAAACAGAAAACCGUUCCAACGAAAAAUCCAGUUGGCAGGCCACCGGGUGCCCGUCAAUCAGUAAAAAGUCCCGGGCAAAAUCUGAACAAAGAGGAGGUCAAGCCACGUGGGAGGCCAAGGAAGAGGAUCCAUGCCAAGACUGAGCAACAGGAUGACGUUGAAGUUGAAUAUGAAUUUGAAAAUGAAGAUACUUCAGUGAAUGUCACGGAUGGUAAGCUAGUGGAUAAGAAAAAUGGAGAGCUCACUCAUGAGAAUGACCAGAAUGCUGAACAACGUAAAGCGGAAGAUGAAGAUGAGAAAGAUGAAAGAGAGCAAAAAGAGGAGAAGGAGAAUAAAUGCCGAACAGGCUGUGAGGAUAAGCCAGACACACGGCUAUUGUUCACACCCGAGGUUUUUCCGGAUUUAGCUGAAAGAGGGAAGAACCCUGAAAGCAAGAGCAUUAAUAUUCUACCACUCCCAAGACCGUUUUCGAGAGACCAAACCCCAUUCAGUGAGAUUUAUGACGAACUGAUCGAUGAUAUCAGAAAGGGCCGCAACUGCUUCCCAAAUGCUCCACAUAAACCAUUAUUUGACUUUUGCUUGUUUUGCAAGAGCUAUCGAUGCACUAAAAAUCAUUAUUGGUAUGCGUACGCUAUCAACAACCGAUUGAUCAAAUCUGGAAAAUUCGAUAAGGAUCCAAUCACCAAAGAGUCUGUGCUGAAUCUUCUAUGUGCAUUCAGAGACGAACAUUUGCUGGCGGAUAGUACGGAGAGGCCAGUGGAGCUUGAUUAUCGCUUAGAAGACUAUACAAUCUGGCAUAAUAUCUAA